AUGUCCCCGCAUCUUCACGGCACCUACCAGCAAGCCUUUUGCUCCUUGGAGGGAGCCUCUGGCAGCCCGGAGCUCGCCAAAGUAUUCUUUGACACCCUCACAUACAAUCACUCAGUCUGCUGCAUCCCCCUGACUUCCUCGCACAAAAUCUCGGAGAAGCUCACUUUGAACGAAACUCAAGUCAUUUUCGAAGUCAUCGGACAGAUUGCAGCCGGGGAAAAUAAUUCCACAUUGGGCGACAUCUCCGGCUCUGUGCAAUCUCGAUCAGUUGCAUCAUGCUGGAUCGAAUGCCGACCCGAUUUUAUUUCGCAUAUUCAGUGGUGCAGGAUCCCGGAUGCCGUCAAAGCAGUUGCUGCCGCAGUCCCUGGACCAGUGGACGUCUCAACAAUGAUCCGUGUGGACUCCGAGACAGAUACCAUUAAGCUGAAGGUCCAAUGGAACCGUGCUUCUAGCAUGGCCAUCCCCAUGUACGAUGUUGCCGAAAAGCUUAUGGAAGUUGAAACGGCGGACCUUCAUGGUCGCCCAGUGCGAGUGUUGUUCUGGAUCCACUGUGCGGAGCUUGGCGAAGGAAAGCGAGCACUGCUUGCUGAACUUAUCUAUCUUGUUGACAUCUAA